AUGCAGGGUAAGAAGAUGCCACGAGGCAGCCACUCGCAACAUCACAGAAGGCAUGUUCGACGAGGACACUUUCAAAGGGGGGAAUGCAAACCUCUAAAGGUCUUGAUUGCGGUUUCCGAUGGGAAUGUCGAAGCCGAGGACAACCACACCGAAGUUCAGAACUCUGAGGACGAAGAAGACGGAGAUGGAGGAGAUUGGGAGAGUUCAUCCCAGGACGACCACGAUGACGACCACGAUGACCACGAUGACCACGACGAAGUUGACAAUCCCGAUACGGAACCUGACGACAACAGACCAUCCACUGAGCUGGCAGCUACGUGGCUGGAUGGUCUCCCGAGGAACCAAGACAGUCUCAUAAAAGCUGUCCGGCCCGAAACCCUGGCGCACCUUGGGCUUAACUGCCCAGGGCCGGGCCGGGUCCUUGAUGGCCAAGUGUUGGGUACGCAGGUGUGCCCACAUAGCACCAUAAUCUCAUACGAGACAGGUGUUCUUUACAGACACCAGAGAGGGAUUGUCGGGCUGAAAUUCCGAUGCGCACCAUGCAAUGGGCAGUUUAAGUUCAGCGAGUUCCUGAGAACUCAUUGUCUGGAAGCAAUUGCUGGCCAGAAAGUCUGCGCGCACAAGAGCUGCAUCCACGCACUGUGGGAGGGUUCAAAACUCUGCCACAAACAUUUUCUGGCCUGGAAGCUAGAGCCUCCCAGCGAAGAAAUGAAGGAUAAGCUUCGGGUUUUAUUCAAGAGAACGACUUUCGAGCCGUGGUCCCCGCAGACUACACUGAUGACCAGAAUCCUCGGAAUCAUAGAGUCCAACGGUGAGGCAAAUGUCCCAGUUUCCCAGAUCGUGAGCAUCGAUCUGGAAACAAAGAUGUAUUCCCAGGAGGUACUCCAGAUCGGCCUCGCUGAUCUAAAAGGGGGGAAAGUACUUGAUUGUCUCACGAGAUAUAGCAAAGGAGUCAUUGCGCCUUCCUCGUCGAAUCUCUCCAAAAACGCAAUCCGGUGGCAAAAGCAGAAUGAGAAGAAAGUCAAAGGCUACCGUACGCAUCAUGGGGCCCUUGAUGCAAAGAGCGUCGUUGCAAAACUCCGACAAAAUGGCAUCAGCAAAGAUACCAUUUUCUUGGCUUGGGCAACGUGGCCCUUCGACCUGUCCUAUUUGAGAGGCUGGCUGCGACAAGAGGGUUUUGAGGAUGUUCUCCCCGGUGAUGAGAACGUCUGUUUGCUCAUCCCUGAAUUCCGCGCCAAUAUCAACGGGGUGCUUGGGAGGGAAUGCUUCCAAGGCAGGUCGUUUCCUCUUCCCUGCCUGUGGUGUUUCCGCUGUUCUGUGGACCUAGUACACACGGGCUAUUGGGAAGAAACCACCACGCACUCUAUGACGCUCAGCAAUUAUCCCUAA